GGCCGGGCGCAGCCAGGGCUUCUGUAAAGAGGUCAGGGCUCGCUUCGCCGCGGGGCGCACGCGGGUUCCUGCACAGGUGUGGCGGCUGAUGGUGGGGAUGUGCGUGGAGCCGGCUCGCCGGCCUCCCCCCAACCCCACCCUUCGGCGGCGGCUCCGCUUCUCCUUCCUGCUGCUCAUUUAUUCUCCUCUUCUGGGUGUGUGACAGCGGUGUGCGGACCGAGAAAGGACAGAGCGCCCUCUCCCCUGCUCCCCGCGCCGCUCUCGGGUAAUGCGCUGCCUGCGCCUCGCCGCCGCACUGUGGCCGGGCUCGGACGCCUCCGGACAGCUGAGUCUCGAGGGACGGUGAAGCGCUGGCCGGCGUCGGGGCCCUUGCUGGGGGUCGGGCGGGAGCAGGCGAACCGGAGCGAGAUGGAGGCGGCGAGAGGGGGCGCGGAGUAGCCGGCGGACCCCCGGGCUCGCACCUCCCACGGCGCUCCGCGGGGGCGCGGCGGGCGGGGUCCCCGGGGCUGCCAUGGAGGUGCCCAACGUCAAGGACUUCCAGUGGAAGCGCCUGGCGCCACUGCCCAGCCGCCGGGUCUACUGCUCCCUGCUGGAAACCGGGGGGCAGGUCUAUGCCAUCGGGGGAUGUGACGACAACGGCGUCCCCGUGGACUGCUUUGAGGUCUACUCCCCAGAGGCCGACCAGUGGACCGACCUGCGCCCCCUGCCCACAGCCCGGGCCGGGGUGGCUGUCACCGCCCUGGGGAAGCGGAUCAUGGUGAUCGGGGGUGUGGGCACCAGUCAGCUGCCUCUGAAGGUCGUGGAGAUGUACAACAUCGAUGAAGGCAAGUGGAAGAAGAGGAGCAUGCUGCGCGAGGCCGCCAUGGGCAUUUCUGUCACGGCCAAAGAUUACCGAGUGUACGCGGCAGGCGGGAUGGGCCUGGACCUCCGUCCACACAACCACCUCCAACACUAUGACAUGCUCAAGGACGUGUGGGUGUCUCUAGCACCCAUGCCCACCCCGAGAUAUGCUGCCACCUCAUUCCUCCGAGGUUCCAAGAUCUAUGUGCUGGGGGGACGACAGUCCAAGUACGCGGUCAAUGCCUUCGAGGUCUUUGACAUCGAGACUCGCUCCUGGACCAAGUUCCCCAACAUUCCCUGCAAGCGGGCCUUCUCCAGCUUUGUGACCCUAGACGACCGCUUGUACAGCCUGGGUGGCCUGCGGCAGGGUCGGCUCUACCAGCAGCCCAAGUUCCUCCGGACGAUGGACGUGUUCGACAUGGAACAAGGGGGAUGGCUGAAGAUGGAGCGCUCAUUCUUCCUUAAGAAGCGGAGGGCAGACUUUGUGGCCGGCUCUCUGAGUGGACGGGUCAUAGUGGCUGGAGGACUUGGGAACCAACCCACUGUCCUGGAGACGACAGAGGCGUUCCACCCGGGGAAGAACAAGUGGGAGGUCCUCCCCGCCAUGCCCACACCCCGCUGUGCCUGCUCCAGCAUCGUUGUCAAGAACUGCCUCCUGGCCGUGGGGGGCGUCAACCAGGGUCUGAGCGAUGCAGUGGAAGCCCUGUGUGUCUCUGACUCCUAGCUGGCUCUGGGCCCAGCCACCGUGUCCUGGACCGGAUCACCCCACUCUGGACAAGGGGAAUGAUCUCAUCAAAGUAGUUUGGGCUGCUUCCCCGGAUGCCAGCUCCUGUCAGCAGCCAGUGGGGUUAGGCCAUAGGGCUCUAGGUGACCUCUCCACCUCCAAACCCUACCAAUCCGAGAAAACUGUAAGAAGUCUCGAUGGCUCUGCCAUCCCCCUUCCCCUGUUGGGGCUCAGGUGACUCUGGGGAGAGUUCUCACUUACUGCUCAGGCAGAGCAAGGUAGGUAGCAGGAGUAUAUGCUACCUCCCUUCCUGUGGGUUUACCUCUCCCAUCUCCAGGAUAGGGGGUACGCAGGGCAGUUCUGACCCAGAGGAUAGCUACUUGUAGCUGUCCUUUCCCUGGAUCUGCGCUAGUCUGAAGGUCUCUUGGGAUGGAAGAUGGAGAAGGGUUGCGGGGUCCCAACCCCUCUUCUCUCCAUUGGUCUACAUCCCUUCCCCCUUUGGUGGCCAACUGUGGGCCUGCCCUGGACCUCAUCUACUCAGCAAGAAUUGGCCCUGAAGCUGGAGGCGGCUGAUUCGGAAGGGGAGUCGGGUUCACGUGCACUGGUCCAGGUCAGAAGCCCUGGCCAGGAAGGACCCAUGCCUCUCGGGGUCCUGAUGGGAAUGUAAUGAUGGGAAUGGAGCAGACUCCCAGCCCAGGGUCUGCUCCCCACUCUUCUCCUCACUUCAUUUCUGCUUCGGUCACCCCUCCCCACCAGAGGCACCCCUCCCCUUUGUCACCGACAGCCCCAGAGUGUUUCUGUGUGAAACCUUCUUAUUUACACUGUGGCAUCAAAAUCCACAAAGGGUGGAUUACUUGCACUCUGGUUAACAGCAGCAGCACAAUGAUUAAAAUCUAUAUUCCUA